AUGAGCAACUACUUACCUUUUCUCACAUUGAGGCAAGAUGCAACUGGAAGGAAUGGUCUAUCAUCGCUCCAAAAGUGCACCGCAGCUAUUCGACAAUUGGCAUAUGCGGCUCCCGGUGAUUCACUUGAUGAGUACAUGUGGAUGGGUGAGAGUACUGCAUUGAAAUGUCUACAUGAAAUUUGCAGGAGUAUGAUUACCGUUUAUGGUGAUCGAUAUUUGAGGACUCCAAAUGCAGCAGUACUGAACGCUUGCUACAAAUGCAUGAAGAAAGACAUGGCUUCCCGGGAAUGUUGGGAAGUUUCGAUUGCAUGCAUUGGGAGUGGAGGCAUGGCCGGAUGUAUAACAAAUGAUACUAUUGGGUUUCAUUCGUCAAGAGUUACCCGCACCAGAGAUCCAGUCAGACGUAAAUUCGCGCAGAGACAAGAGGCUGCAAGAAAAGACGUCGAACGAGCGUUUAGAGUGCUACAAGCUCGUUGGGCAGUAGUUCGAAAUCCCGCGCGAUCUUAUUUUAAAGAAACCUUCUUAAUAUAA